CAGAUAUGAAGGGAUGUGCUGUGCAGCUGUUACGAGGAUGAAAAUAUGGCUACCUCACUGGUUUUGAUGUUUCUUCAGCAUGCAAAUCUUCAUCAAUAAUCAGGCUAAAAAAAUAAUACCAAGAAAAAGAAACAAGAUAAACGGAAACCGUGCAGUUUUUCCUUGUUUUACCAGAUACAAGAAAUCUGUGUGACAGGUUAUAUUGUGAACACUUGGAGGCUGCUAUCUAUUGAGACAUCAAAAGGACUCAGUUCCCAAUAGAAAGGUGUUUUCGAAUAAAGAAAAGAAUUUGGUCCUUAUCUGCCUACCCUGUUUUUUAUCCCCAGUGAGGAGAGGGCAAGCAAACAUAUUUUAGAGAUCUCCCUGACUGAAAUCCACACAGGAUUAUAAAGUCACAGGAAAUACAAGUCUGGUGUCAGUGAUGUUUAAAUACGUGUUCCAGAAAUCUGUCAGAGUGCCAGGUGUUAGGGAGUUUAAACACAUUACCCACGUGUCAACAGACCGGGUCUGGAUCUGUGAUUAUAGAGGCAAUCUCAUCUUAACUAACACGACAGGAGACACACUAGAUCAUGUGACAGAUUUAAGUGUAUCUGGUUAUGGAGUACAUACAGUGUCUCGGGAUAGUGCUUUUAUUUAUAUAGACAGUCACCAUAACAUCAUUAAACUGUCUACAAAAAAAGUAAAGACCACAGUGAUACCAUACAACACAUCACCAUGGAGACCACUGUGUGUCUACAGCUCCCCCUCCACUGGAGACCUGCUGGUCGGGACGUAUAAUACUGAUACAGAUACAGGCCAGGUAAACCGUUACACCAACACAGGAGAACACAUACAGACCAUACAGCACGACAACACAGGUCAGGGACUGUAUAGUAAACCUAUCUUUAUCACAGAGAACCGCAAUGGAGAUGUUAUUGUGUCUGACUUUUGGCGUGGUGCUGUAGUGGUGACAGACAGAAGAGGGAGACAUCGCUUCUCCUACACAGGUCCUCCAUCAGGAUCACUACUACAGCCACGUGGAAUCUGUACUGACGCACUGUCACACAUCCUGCUGUGUGAGUAUAACAUCCACACAGUACAUAUGAUUGACCAGAAUGGUCUCUUUCUGACACAGUUUGAGAGAGAACAACACGGGAUAUUCACACCAUGGAGCCUAAGUUAUGAUUGUGAUACACAGCUUCUCUGGGUAGGAUCAUUCACCAACAACACAGUAAACAUUUACAGACUUAUUAAUGAAGGGGACAAUCUGACUGAUAAAGUUGAUGAGUUAAAGAUGUUCUUGAGAAAGGAGAAGACAACUGUUUCCCAUGCCAGAGGAAUACUUGUUGGGUGUGCUGAGGCUGGAAAAACAACGCUACUGAAGCGAUUAAGAGGGCAAAGUCAGAAUGCUGGUGAAGUUACAGAGUCCACUAGGGGGCUGGAAGUCCAUCAACAUCUCUUCAUUGUUAAAGAUGGAAUUUUAGAAGUAGCUGAUGAUGAUUCACCAUUGAAGACAUUUAUCAGGAUAAAUGCCACAGACGUGAAGCCAAACAUGAGCGGUGCAGUUGACCUCUCCAAUCCAAUUGAAAAUAAAGAUAAUUUGGAACCGAAAGGUCCUGAUAAAGAGAGGGGGGAAACCAUACUCUAUAGCCGAGAAGAAGAGAAAGUUGAGUUGUCUAGCCCUCCAACUAAACGCAAAAAAGUAGAAAAUUCAGUAGAGGUAAUGGCCCGUGAUCUCUCCUCAGAAGCACAGAAAAUGGUGAAGGAUGAAAUUUUUCAGAAAAUCUUGUCUGAAAAAGAGAACUUACCAACUGUCAGCAUGCUGGAUUUUGCUGGUCAGUUAGCGUAUUAUGCCUGUCACCAAAUUUACGUAACACCAAAGGCCUUCUUUAUUCUUGUGUUGGACAUGACUAAGAAGUUUGAAGAUCUUGUCAAUAAAGAGAAAGAUAAUCAAGAAGGAUCAAUCUUCUCUGUGUGGACUUACAAAGACUACCUAAAGUUUUGGAUUACCUCAAUCAAGACUUUUGGAGGCACUAAGGCACCACUGUUCAUUAUUGUCACACACACAGAAGGAAAAUCUACUGAGGAAGUACAGAACUACUUUGAAGACUUCUGGAAUGCUGUGCCAGAUGAAGACAGAGGUUGGUUAAGUGAAUCUCUGAAAGAUCGUGAUUAUGCU